GAAAGUGCCAGGCCGCUCAGUUCUCCGAAGCUAAGAAGCCGUCCAUGGUGGUUAGCUCUCACCUCACGAGGCUCCCCGUUUUGGCUGACCGCUGCAAAUCCAUGGCGGACCUGAAGCAAAUCCAAGCGCAGCUAACCACCCUCGGCCUCGCCGGCGACAGCUUCCUUGUCUCCAAACUACUCCUUUUCUCCGCCAUCUCCGACUCCGGGGACCUCAACUAUUCCCAGUGUAUCUUCCUCGCCCUCACUUCUCCCUCCACCUUCGUCUGCAACACGCUUAUCCGUGGUUUCUCCCGAAGCAGAAACCCUAACCGGGCCAUCUCAUUAUACAUCCAGAUGCUCCGCAGCCAUACCAAGCCGGACCACCUAACUUUCCCCUUCCUCGCCAAGUCCUGCGCGCGCCUCGCCUCCCUCUUCCUUGGCCGAGGAGUACAUUGCCAUAUAACCAGGCAUGGCCACGAACUGGAUCUCUUCAUUGUCAACUCGUUGAUUCACAUGUACGCUUCGUGCGGCCAGAUGCCCGACGCUCGCAGGGCGUUCGACAUAAUUCCUCUUCCGAAUUUGGUGUCAUGGAAUGCGCUGCUCGACGGAUUCGCAAAAUGUGAAGAUUUGGUCGGUGCGAGGGGGGUGUUUGAUGAAAUGCCUGAAAGGGAUGUUGUCUCUUGGAGCGCCAUGAUUGAUGGUUAUGUCAAAGGUGGGGAUUAUAGAGCCGCCCUUGCUCUCUUCGAGAGGAUGCAGAUCCAUGGACCUAAACCUAAUGAGAUUACCAUGGUGAGCUUGUUGUGCGCCUGUGCACACUUAGGCGUACUAGAAAAAGGAAGGAGCUUGCACCAAUACAUAAAAGACAACAACUUGGUACAAAGCCUUGCCGUCACAACCUCCUUGGUGGAUAUGUACGCCAAAUGCGGAUCAAUAGCUGAAGCCAUGAACGUGUUCAGGUCAUUUCCGGCGGCCAAAACCGAUGUUUUGAUUUGGAAUUCCAUAAUUGGGGGGCUUGCCAUGCAGGGGAUGGCAAGAGAUUCUGUAGAAAUGUUCAGGGAAAUGCUCAGAGCAGGCAUGAAUCCAGAUGAAAUCACUUACCUGGGACUACUAAGCGCCUGUGCCCACGGAGGCUUCGUGGGAGAAGCUUGGGAGUUCUUCGGAUCGAUUCGUGAGCAGGGACUCAGGCCACAUGUGGAGCAUUACGCAUGCAUGGUCGAUGUGUUGGGGCGUGCGGGGCGAAUGGAGGAGGCGUAUGAGUUGGUGAGGACAAUGCCAAUGGAGCCAAGUGGGUCUCUCCUUGGUGCUCUGCUCAGCGCUUGUCAAACUCAUGGGUGGAUGGAGCUUGGGGAGGUUGUGGGGAAGAAGCUGGUGGCGUUGGAGCCGGAACAUGAUGGAAGGUAUGUGGGUCUGUCGAAUGUUUUGGCUGGUUCGGAACGGUGGGAGGAUGCGAAGAAGAUGAGGGAGGAGAUGGAGAAGAGGGGGGUGAGGAAGGCUCCUGGGAGGAGUGAGAUUGAGGUGGGAGGAGCUCUGCAGAGGUUUAUUGCUCAUGAUAUGUCUCAUCCAGAUUCAAAUGAGGUGUAUUGGAUGCUGAGUUUUGUAACGAAGGAGAUGAAGAUGGAGUUGGAGAGCUUUACUUCAGAGUUGCUGUUGGAAUGAGGAGGGGACAGUUGGUCUUUAGAGCUGGUAAUGGUGCUCUGUAAUGGUGUUUCUUCUUCUUCCUCCUCAGUGGCGGUAGCUGGCACAAAGGCUGGUAAGAGGUUCAAGGGAGCAAAAUUGAUUGAAGCAGUCAGAAGAGAUUUAUAACCAGGUUGAAUUAUUUAUCAUUUAUUUUGGUGCAUUUACACACAUAACACACAAGUCUUACGUAUUUACAUAUCCAACAACUAAACUUUCAUAAUUACAUACAUAAAAAUCCAAUCUUUAAAAAACAUCACCACUACUAGAUCUUUAAUAGAAAUAGACAU